AUAGGUGAGUAAUCAUUACCUUCAGAAGAUAUACGGGUUGCUCUUGUGGGAACUCACCACACGCUUGAAGACAGUGUUGGGAAGGUCUCCAGCUAGUGACCUAAAAGGUUAUCAUUAUCAAGAUGGGCGUACUGAAGCACCUGCUGACGGCCACAGUGGCCGCUUACCUGGCGUUUGGCUUGUUUCGCUACCUGGACACGGCUGUUCCCGAGGGCGUGCCGGAAGUGUGGAACGCCAGGAUCCUGGACGCUGCACUCAGGACUAAUGGGAAACUGAUACUAUCCCUCCAUGAUUUCGGCGUUACCGGCGGUGUCACGUGGUUCACCAGGAAGAUGGUUGACGUCGUCUUGACAACACUCAUCACCGGAAGUCCUUUCGGGAAAGGCGACGAUCCAGAACUAAAGAUAACGGACACCCAGUAUGACGGCGUGGACGUGAGGGUCUACGAGCCCAAGUCCUGUUCUGGAACCGACAGACCGGUGUUGGUGUAUUAUCAUGGAGGUGGCUGGUCCUGGCUGUCUAUAGAUGUGUACGACCCGACAAUGAGGGAGCUGGCCAAGAGAGUGUCCAUGGUCGUGGUGUCAGUAGGAUACCGUCAGUCUCCCGAGCAUGCUCAUCCAAUCCCUUUUGAAGACUGCCUCACCGCCACGGAGUAUGUUUUAAACAACGCCGUCAAACUAAAGAUAGAUCCGACCCGCGUAGCGAUAUCUGGUGACAGCGCCGGAGGACAUCUGACUGCCGCUGUGGCCCUCCGCCUGAAGAAGAAGAUCAAGAUCCAAGUUCCGAUAUAUCCCUGUUUACAGCUGCUGGAUCUCCAGACUCCAUCCUACAUCGAGAACAGGAUGUACAUCCCGGGAAUGCUGAACGACGUCUCCAUGUUGUCCUACUGGCUGAACUAUGGCAACAUCAGCUACGACCAUAUGGACGACAUCCUCGCCAACAGGCACACCUCAUCUGCUGUCAAAAAGUCGAAAUACGCGGAAAGGAUUAGCCCGAAAUACUACAUGAAGGAGCAUAUCAGGACUGAGAGUUUGAAGUCACCCUCUAAACCCACCGAUUUCGGAAACGAAAAACUUUUUUCGACAAUUGAAGACACUGUCCUUGACCCCUACUUCGCGCCAUUGAUGGCCGAUAACGCGGAGUACAAAGGUUUACCUUUGACCUAUGUGUUAACCGCCGGAUAUGACGUGCUGCGCGACGAUGGAAGGUAG